AUGAUGGCGACAGGGUCUCGCGACGCCUCAGUUCGCGACGCCAAGUUAUUCGUCCGAGAGGUUGUUCGCAAUGACUGGGAAUUUGACGCUAAUGUACCUUCCGCUUCCUCCGCCGACGGUACCCUCUGCCAUAACCGCGAGGUAGUCGAAUGGCGGGUGCGGGAAUUCGAUAGCCCAACCUCAGAACUCGAAGCUCAGAAUUCAGACACAGAGGAUGAUGAUGAUGAUCCUUCGGCGGCGGUAGGAGAUAUCGCGAUCGAGCGCCGUCGCAAACGUCGUCGUCAAAUGGACGAAGAGAUGGCAUGGAAUGCGGGUCUGCGCAUGUGGAUGGCAAGGCGCAAUGCAUGGUCUGGGGCCAAGACCCGGCGGCAGAUCCGGGCCGAGGAGGGAAAGCGUGCUUUGGCUGGGCAGGCCGAUACAACAGAUCAAUCCGAUACUGGUGGUUCGGCGGGUACCUCCCCAGCUACAACCUUGCCUGGUCGAAGCACUGAAGCUGUGGGCGGAUCCGAUCUGGCGUCCAAAACGGAAACUUCGCUUUCUAUCCAGGACCGGGAGAAAGGCGAGGAGCUUCAGCGGCCAGUAGAGCCGACAUCUGGGCAGCAAGCGGACCUUGAGGAAGGACAAUCCACUGCCCUAGACGAGGAGGCCAAGCCCAAUGAUUCCCUCAGCACAAAUAUCACAAACCCAGAUCAUUUGUCCUCAGAUCCUAGUCACCUGGCCUCACUCCCUGCUGUGGAAGACCAAACAGAAGAGGAGAAGGAGGAAGAAGAGCUCGACGAGCCACUCUUGCCAGUCGCACCUCCCUUCAUUUCAGACGACAAUCCUGUUCGCGCAACUAUUAACCCCGCAAUCUACCCCUCAAUCUACACCAAAGUCGUUGUACAAGGCAUGACGCCCACGGUUCCCGUCAACCUCGCCCAUCUGACCAAGGCGAUGGUCCAAGGCUGGAAAUCAGAUGGCCAGUGGCCGCCCAAGCCAGCAGCAACAUCAAUCGUCCUCGCAGACGACUCCACUGUGCCCAAGAAGCCAGAUCCUCCUGCGAAUGACGCUCCCCAAGGGAGACGGAAAAACAGUAUCACAAACGCCGUGAAGAAGGUUUUCCACUUUGGGCCCUUCCACAGACGUGGUUCAACCAGUCAUGAUGCUGGAAAUGGGGCUGGCGCUGGCGCUACUGGUGCUGCUGUUUAG